AUGGACUUUCUGACGCUGCUGGCGAUUUACUUGUGUUCCGUUCUCGGUACUGCCGCCCUGCUCUGCGUGUGCUCCGGGAGGAAGGGGGGUUUCCUGGCGGGAAGCGCCAGCAGGGCAAGCCAGGUACUGUCGUUUGUAAUCCCCGCACGGCUCCAGAGAGUGACACAGAGGGCACUUCACAGGCUCUUCCACACAAGGAGCUGUUUGUUUGUUGUCCUGCACAUCACCUUGCAAGCUGCAGUGUACGGGGAAUACACAUGGGAAGUGUUUGUUUACUGCUGGGAGCUGCAGUUCCACCUCUUCCUGCUGCUGCUGCCCUACCUGCUGCUGGCUGGGAACAUAGGCUGCUUCCUUCUCUGCUCCCGGGCCGACCCCGGUGUCAUAACAAGAUCAAAUCAUGCAUCGUUGGUUAAGAUUUAUGCAUAUGAUGGUGUAUUAUUUCAGAAGGGUAUCGUGUGUCCUACUUGCAACACGGAGAAGCCAGCCAGAUCGAAACAUUGCAGUCUCUGCAACGUCUGCGUACAUCGUUUUGAUCACCACUGUGUGUGGGUCAACAACUGCAUCGGUGCCUUCAAUGCCAAGUAUUUUUUCCUUUACCUCUUCACGCUGGCUGCCAUGGCUGCAACCAUUGCAGGCAUCACAGCAGCAUUUCUCGUCCAAGUGGUGCUGCUGACAGACGUGAUGCACGGGAGCUACGUCGAUGACCGAGGACAAGAGCACGCUGUCGAGAUUCUCUUUCUCGUCCAGCACCUUUUCUUGACUUUUCCUAGGAUUGUCUUCAUGCUUGGUUUUGUAAUUCUUCUCCUGCUCGUACUGGGUGCAUACUGGUGUUUCAGUCUAUACUUGGCCUUGACCAACCAAACUUCCAAUGAAUGGUAUAAAUCCAGAAGAUACGGGUGUUCCCACCAUCUAACAUUGCAGCCUCAUGACCGACAGGUUGUCUACAAAAACAUUUAUUCCAGAGGAGUCUGGAUGAAUUUAAAGGAAAUCUUUAAGCCUCUUACAGUGUUGGAAAGAAAGAAGAAAACGUGA